AUGUCGACACCUCUGCACCUCCGCCUGGUCCCCGAGCCCCCCUUCCAAAAACCCAUCUACCCACGGCGUCACCUCACCAUGAUGUGCAUGCUCCUCAACGUCCAGAGCAGCGAGUGGUACAGUGAAUUCGAGGAGGUCUAUCGCAAGUGUCCCGGGAUUGAGCGUAUGGCGGACGAAUUCAUCGAGCUGUUGGGCGAGGCGACGGCGUACUAUCCGUUCGACGCAACCGAGGCUUUGCGCGAUCGACCUGACUAUGUCUUCGACAAGCAUUUCAACUUUGCUGUUCCUGCCCUUCUGCGGCGCGACUGCAUCCAGAUGCGACGCAACGAGCCGGUCGCUUCGUCGGCGGUCUAUGAGAGCAUCGCGCUGAAACCGAAGUCGCUUGAGGAGGCAGACCUGAUCCACCUCGACGACGGCUCGACAAUCAGCGUCAAAGAUGAACUCGUCCAUUACGAUCUCUUCGACUCCGCUCGACACAGAUGGGGCUGGCUGGGAGCAACCGCUGCCAAGGCCUACAUCGCGAUGCGUCGGAACUUUACACCUCGACACACGCUCCCCUCGUCCGACGACGACGACGCGCCACUUUCACAAUCUCCCGUCCAAUCUGUCGCAUCGGCUCAUGAACCUGCGCAUGACUCGAGCGAUCUGCGCCGUCGCCAUAGGUCCCCUUGCUCGUAA